AUGAUCGCUCGCAUGUUCAAUGCUCCUGGUGAGGGUUCUCAAGGCCACGCCAUGGGGCCAUCAUGUAUCGGUUCCUCUGAGGCUAUAAUGCUGGGAACUACUUAUACAGGUCAGUAUGAAGACGUACAAGCAAUCAACGAUUUGAUUGUCCAGCGCGGCAUCGAUUGUCCCAUUCAUGUCGACGCUCCUAGUACUGGGUAUUGGAUGGGUGGUCUGGCGCUCUCCAGAGUAUCUCCUAAAGAGCGGUUCAACAUCAAUUACCUCGGUGCUGAACAAGCUAGCUUCACCCUAAAUUUCUCCAAGGUGCUUCACAAGUCAUCAGUCAAACGCGGCUACGUGCCAUAA